ACGGUCAGGGACAGGCUUGGAACGGCUUCAAUGGAGGUCCACCAACCAUGGCGAUGACGAACUUGAGAGGGGACAAGGCGACGGCGGAUGAGGAGGAAGAGCCGCGAGACCAGUCGCACGCACACGUCACCAUCCCAGACGCAGUGAGCAGCCCGUGGAGUGCGUAUGACUCCUCCUUCAUGCGUGGGGCCCAGAUGGAUGACAGCUUGCAGUCCAGCAGAGGGAGGAGCGACUGGGAGGGGGAGGGGGAGGGGGAGAGCUACGGAUUUAGCCGACAUGCCGCGUUUCCCGUGGAGAUGCUCGAGGGCUUCGUGGCGAAGAUCGUGUCAGAGCGAACCGUGAAGCUGCAGGCUAGGAUCAGCUUCCUCGAAGAUGAAAACAAGCUCAUUCGGUCGGAGCUGGAGAGUCUGAAGAAUCUGCACCUGGCAGCAAAGAAGGAAACGUCAAGGGAAGAUCCCUUGGCCAGUGCAGAACGACAGUUGACAUCGCAACCUCCUCUUCUCAACGGCCAUGUAGUCGACAAGUCCUCCGACCUGAUGCCAGUGAUGCACUCGGAAGAGAAAUCACAAGGCGAAGAAUUUGUUGGAGGAUGCGAGGAAAACGAAGAUCCAAAGGUUGGACUUCAGGAGCUGGCGCAGGAGCAGAAGGAGCAGGAGCAGGAAUCGAGUUCAUGACUUACUUCGCUAGUUGACGAGCCCAACUUUCUGGCUCAGCAGAAUGAAACCAUUACAGUAAAUACUUUAGCGACUC